UUUCACAAUUUGUAGACAAUUUUUGAAUACUUCAAAAAUACAUGCAUAUAUAUACAAAGCAGACUUUAUGGAGCAUUUGUUCAAAAAAUGGUCUCGUAAAAGCUGUCAGACAUGAUAAUAAAAGUGGCUGCUAUUUUGUAGAUUUCGCGACAGUAGUAGAUGCGGAAACGGUUUGUCAAAGUCUGGAAAACAAUACGUUGGGUUUCCAGGUGAUCGUCGGUAAGAAGAAAAAGACUGCCAGUGCUCCAAUACCUCCAGACCUAGCCACUCAAAGUACUCAACAAGAGAAUCGUACUUGCCUUUCUUCAGAAAAAUUGUCUCCCCAUCUUUAUGCUGGUGCACAACAAGCUUUAGACCGCAAUUUUCAAAAUGGAUUCAUUUUUAAUGACGAUAUACAUACUUUUGAUCCUAAGAAUAAGGGUAAUACAAACGCAUGCAUUGAUUCUGAAGGAGGACACAUAACGUAA